AAGAUGGUUGCAGAUCAAAGGAAGCGUACAGUGCACAAUUUAGAACAGGUGAACAGGAUAAGGAUGGAACAUAAAACAAAUGUAUAUGUUCUUACCUUUGUUUAAAGUUCACGUAAAAGAAAAAUUCACGCGUUUUCGCAAACUAUUUCGAAUAAAUUUUCUCUUAUGCUUUCAAUACUUCAAAAUUGAUGAUAUAUUUAUACGGUAAAUUUCAAAUUUGUAUCCUUUAUAAAUAAGAUAAAUAAAAUUGAAACUUUAAACGAAACUGAUCAUCUAAUUAGAUAAGAAAGGAAGAGGAAACGUUCGACAAAUAUUGAUUUUUAUUUUAUCGUAGUGAGGCCCAUUGUCUAAUGCAAUCUUUGUUUUAAAAUUGCAGGCCUAUUCUACUUAUCGAGGAAAGUGUAAAAUCCAACGUCUGUUUAAUUAAAGGGUGGUUGGUAAUUACACUGUACGUAAGUGUACUAAUACUUGCCUAACAAAAGUGUAGUUACACGCUCUUGACGCGAAAAAAUAAUGACCCUCUACUUCAAAGAAAAUAGGAAAAAAAAACCAGCACUCCCGUGUAAGAGCAGACUUCUGGUCGAUAUAAUCCCUCCAUUGAUUAAAGUCGAUGCUCUGUUGUAGAAUUCUCUCCCCAAAGGACGACCUUCGUAGUGGGGUGAACCGACGAAUAAGGGAGAGAAUGCUGGACGUCGACACCAGUUUAGUUGCCUUAUGAACCUCAUACGAAUUCUAUCGUUGUGGAACUUUAUUUUUUUUUAACAAUUCUUUCUAUUUCUGUUUUUAAAACAAUCCACUGAUACUAUCAGAAACAUUCCAUGGUGUACGAAUCGCUCGAAAGUAAAAAGGGUGAACACUUGAUACAAUACCAUUCAAAUUUCUUUUCUUUUUUUCAUUAUGGUGUUUAUCAUUGUUGUUCCAGCUCGGGGGUGAUUAAUGAAAAUUAUGGUGUUUGUAAAAGAUGUAAAAUAAUUUUAAAUGGCGAAGAUGAGAAAAUCUUUGAAAAAAGUUUGAAGUGCACGACCUUUGAUAUCGAUUCCCGUCAAUUGCCGAGGUGCAUCCGCUAAUAGGACUUUUAUGACCCUUCUUCCUUGAAAUCGAGAAACAACCCUGACUGAAAGAGGGAGAGAAUGUUUGCAUCGAGAUAAACAAGAAAAUUGAAUUGAAUACGGAUGACGAAUUGGAUAUGAACUUGAAAUCUAAAUGGCUUUCUCUUGGAAUACUGGUUAUCAUCCUCCUUGAAUUUGACAUCGCUAGAUCAAUUAUGGAAGAGACAGAAGAGUUAACAUCGUUGAAAAUUCAUUCUCCUUCCUCUCACGUCGCUUUAUCGGGGGAUCUCGUGAUAUCUGUAAUAAAUUCAAAUGAAACAUUAGACGAAACAAAGUACAAAUACGAGUUCAAAAAAGAAAAUAAUCAGGAUAUUAAACAGCUAGACGAUAAUGUUUCUAACGAAUUAUCUCUAUUAAGAAUAUUAUACCUUCUUGACGACAUAUCAGAACUGAUUGGUGAAAUCCAAUUAGAAAAGCUGCCUUCUGAAAAUGAAACUGUUUCAAUUAUCAUACCUUGCGGAUAUUUUACUCGUGGUGGUAUUUACGUUUUGCAAAUCGAGUACAAAUACAAAAAUUCACCGGUGUCUAUUGUCUCCAAUUAUCAGACAAGUAAAAUUUUGGAUGUAAAGUGGCCAAUGCCGGUAAUCUAUUUGGAAUCUCAACAAAUUACUACUUAUCCGAAUAAACCAGUCAAAGCCGUGAUUAAAUAUGACAGUGUUAAUUGUAGUCCUUCCGAUAAUGUUCCUGUAACAGUUUAUAUUUUACAAUUAAUAUAUUGCGGUUCUACUGUGACUGCUUGUUAUCUACAGAAUUAUACUUAUAUUCAAGUACUAUAUCACGAAGAGAUAAGAGAAUUUUUAUCAUCAAAAACUAUUUUUUUCCAAUGUGAAUAUUUCGGAUUGCCAGGAAAUUAUGCGGUCAGAUUGAAAGCAUCGAAUGUCAAUCCUACAGCACCAAAUACAAGUGUUUAUUUCAAGGUAAAUUGGUCAGAAGAAUUUAAAUUGACAGUCCAUGCAAGAUCGAUAUAUCCUUGCGAGGGGUCAGGAGGUGUGUCCGUCCUUUUCGAAUAUCCUUCUUGUCGACUGGAAGGUGAUCGUGUUCGGGUUUACGGACGUUUAAAGGCUGACGUUACAUCCGUUGCUUCACCCUCUAGUCUUCAUUACAUUACGGAAUCUAGAUCGAUACCUGGCAAACACUCGUUGGCCUUUGACUGCGAUUUUUUUACAGAAAAAUUUGUUGAAUAUUGUUUCAUCUAUGUCAGUCAAGCUAUCACAGGUGCUAUGGUGGACGUUAAGAUAUCUUGUAUACCCACAUUUCCUUUUCAAGAAGGUGAUGCCGCUGGAUGGGGACCAUGGAGUCCUUGGAGCCCAUGCAGUAGCUCUUGUUUCGGAGGUAUUCGAAAUCGCUAUCGUUUUUGUGAUACUCCUCCACCAAAAUAUGGGACAAAAUUUUGCCAGGGAAAUGCGAUAGAAACUGAAUUCUGUGGCAAAGGAUUUUGGGAGGAAUCCGGUACAAAAGAGUGGCAGAAUCAAAUUGAAUAUUCCGAAUGCCACGGUGCGGUUUUAGCCGCGACCAAGCCUGAAGUUGUGGCUGAGAUUGGAUUACAGUGUCGAUGCGGAUGCCGUGUUACAUUAAAAGAACAAUUUACCAGAAAGAUAUUAGGAGCUAAUACUCAAGCAUGUCCUGGCAGAUCUUUCUGGCUUUUACAGGCGGAGACGAAUUUUGUAAUUGGACUACAUUUAAAUCAAUUACAAUUUCCUUGCCCGGGACAGUACUUUCGUGUACGAGAUGGCAAUUCUCUGAACGCGGAUCUUCUAAUCGACGUUACCUCUGAUAAGAUACAUCACACCGCAAAAACGUUAAUAAGUUCUGGAGAAAAUUUAUUGUUGGAAUUUUUUAGCGACGAACUUACAGCAUCCGGGGAUGCGUGUAUCGGUGGUUUCCUUGCUCAUGCAGCAGUACUAGAUAAAAAAUACUUAAAAAGAAAUGGAAGUGUAACCGUUGUGCCUUUUGAAGUCAAUUCAACGAACGUUGAAAAAGAAUGGAUCUUUUGGAAACCAGCACACUUAGUAACUGCCUUACUUUUGAUACUGAUAUUCAUAGUUUCUAUCUUUUUGACAUUGCAAUUUGUCAUUAAAUACCGAAAGUAUCGUAUAGCCGAAGAUAUGGAUAAUCUCAGCGACGUUUCUGGUAAAAAUAAUCUUAUUCAUUAUAAAAUCAUUAAUUUAAUAAUACAUUACUACUUGAUAAUUUGUUUCUUACGAUCAGAGGUAACGCCUGGCCGAUCAAAAUGUUUGUCUACGAGUACGCUUAUUUCUGAAGUGUUCUCAAUGAUAGAAACUACCACAAAGAAUUCUCCGAAAGAAGUUUUACGCAGUAGUACAGUAGAACAGUAUAAUAGUACUGAAACUUUGACUGGUUACAAGGAAGAGUCUACCCUGAGUUCCAGUACAUUAAAACUGAAUAACACAGUUGAAACUUCUUCGGAUGAAACAGUCACAUCAAUGAAAUCAGACUGUGAUAAAUUAUUAUCAGCUUCCAGUAUUGUUUAUAACAAGCCUGAAGUGAAGUAUGCUUAUCCUGUAAGGUUGCAAAGAAUAGAUUAUAAUGCCUUGGAAGGUAAGAUAUUAAAAAUAGAAAAUGAAAAAUUAGAAGAUAGGAGCAAUGAUACCUUAAAAAUUUAUCAGAACAAUGGAAUGAAUUAUUCUGAAGGAAAGGAAUCUUCUCCUGAAAGUACCGUUUCGAGUUCAUCGAAUUCAGGAGGUGGGAAAGAAACUAAAGAAAAAAGAAACCGUGAAAAACUUUUACAAGGGCCAGGAUCAGAAUUUAGCUUAACGAAUCUUGAUUCAGAAUUAGAAUUAGAUUAUUAUGAUUAUAAUGUAGCGAAUGCGAGUGCUGUUCCUGGCUCUUAUUUAGGAAUGGAUCCUGCAUUUCUAGUCUGGAUCCCACCGAUUGACGACAUAAAACUUGAUACAGAAGAUUUUCUCUUAGGCAACAAAAGGGAUUCCAUUUUAACUCUUGAAACUGAAGGUAUAGCGCUAACACCUUCUGAAUAUAGAAGAAUGAAACUCUCUACCUUUGAUGACUUUAAACUUGAGUUAGACCCAGGAGAAAAAUAUUUUAAGAAGGAUGAGAAAACUUGUCAAAAUUUGGAUUAUGGAAGCUUAAUGAAAGAUGAGAUUUCUGGAACUACCAGAACAAGAACUUUUGAAAAAUUACUUCCUAUUCAAAAGCUGUUAGAAGAUUCUAGCAUUAAAGUGAGCAUGGAAUCUGUAUCUAGCGUCCUUGAACAUAAGCAAUAUUGUGUUAUUCCAAACAGGAGGGUUUACAUAGGUAAAGAUGAGGAAUCAGUUGAAAAAUCUAAUUCUCCUAAAAGCAUCCUUGCUAGUCCUAUAAAUAUGCUUGAUAGCAGUGAGAAUAAUAAAGAGAAAUUCAAUUCUCCUUCGAAUAAAGUUUUGCAAAAGGAUUUGCUUAAAAUAACCCAAAGUAAUUCGAAUCAAAGGAAAAUUUCGAAAACUCAAGAGGGCGAAUUAACGAACAUAUCUUGCACUUAUAAAGAAUUAAUGGCGUGCACCCAAUCAUUUACAAAUGUACAAGAUACGGUAAAUAUUCCAAUGACCGAAUUGUCAGGUAGUCCUUUAAGAAAUAUUACACAGGUUCAAAAAAGAGAGACUGAUGUCUCUUUAAAUAUUCAGAACUCAGAUUGUGGUAUAGAAGCACUUUGUAUAAAGCAGGGAUCUCUUUAUGAUCAAAACAUUAAAUUUGUUGAUGAUGACGAUGACGACGAUUACAUUGGUUAAAACUUACAUAAAUUUAUCUUUUUUCCCUUUUGAUAAUACCAAAGAUAUUUCUCUUUUGAUAUAAAUUAUGUUUAUUCCAAGCAUAAAUUUGAUUAGCCUUAGAUAUUUUAUUUAAAUAUAUAUUUUGCGUUAUACCAUUGUGAUAUUUUUACAAAGACGUUAAAUUUCUUAAGUAUAGUCUUUUAAAUUUUAAUUUUAAAAAAUUCUCAAAACUCUUCAAUUUACUUUUUCAUUUUCUUUAAAAAAUGUGCAAUUGUACAUAACUUUUUAAUAUGUAAUUACUAGCACAGUACAAAUGAUAUGAUAUAGCACAACUAUCAAGAAAAUCUACUUUUUACUUAUACAUUUGUAUAAUAUAAAAAAUAUCUAAUCUAAGUCAAAAUUAUACUAAUAUAUAAACUGGUGGAUUUACAAUCCUAUAUUGAUUAUAAUAUUUGUUAAUAUUAAGUUUCAUUAACAGACAUAACUAAUAAAACUGAUAUUCAGUUAGUUUAAUCUAUUUGCCAUGCUUAUGUAUACGUAUCUUUUAAAUAUUAUUUCAACUUUCAUUUGGUGAUUAUCAGCAUUCAAUAUAUCUACAAGUAUAUUAUUUUGCUUUGUAAGCAAAAUAAAAAUACUUGUAUGUAAUAAUGUAAAAAUUAUUAAUUAAAUAGCUUUUGUAAUAUAUUAAAAAAAAUGUAAAUAACUAAUAUUGUAAUUAUGAACUAUUAUCACAUUUACUUAAGAUUUUAUAAA